UCGCUGAUAUUUCCCCAUACGUUCGGAAUUCUGUGUGUAUCUGCGAAAUGCGAGGAAAGAGUAUGAGAUUUAGAAUGAUGACUAUAUCAACGAAUAAUACCAACGCUUUCUCAGUGCAGCACAAUGAGUGCAUCGCGAAUUGCAUCCUCCGAAGUGGUCCAGAUCCGCGAAUUAAUGCGAACACUCGCUAUCGAGAACGUGCAACAUUCGUGAACUCGCUCAUCGCAUUAUUUAAUCAGGAUUUAGUCUUAUUAUUCGUUACAAAAAGCAAUAAAUUGGCUGUUAUGCAAGAAGUGCUGAUUAUUGAAGAAAGUGUGGCAAACGAAAAUGGAGCAGGAUGCUCUAGUGCUGAUUAAUUCCAAUUAAUUAAAAGAAUUAAUUC